AGCACUUCAACACCUACACAGACAACCAAGAAUAGAUUCAGGACUCAUACUGAGACUGGAGAGAGGAGGAAAAACAACUGCUGCCUGAGACCACCCUGUCCCAUCUCAUCUCAUGCCAUCAUCUGCUGCCAGUGUGCUGGGUAGAAUCUGAAUUUUGGGGAGUAGCUGACUGAAAUGUCAAUCAUUAUCAUUGACACCCCCUCCUCCACCCCCCAUCGCCCUAAAAAGCCAUAUGCUCCAUGGGGUUAAACUGCACCUGCUGCUUGUUCCACCUCCGCACACGCACGCAUACAUACCUAGAAACAUUCAUUUUUAAUAUUUUAUCUUAUAUAGGAGCAGCUUUCACACACGCAUGCACGCACACGUGCACAGACACACACAGACACACACACACACAUACACACACACCUGAGGCAUGUGUGAAUGGCCCAAAGCUGUGGCAAGAGGUCACAGUUAUUAUAGGUUUUACAACUAUGCAUGGUUUACACUUUGCUUCACUCAAUAUUUCAUGUUUUUCUUCCAUUACCGUUGCUGUCCAUAGCUUCCACUCUCGCUCCAGCUCACUCCAAAGCAUGAGAUCACUCCACAACGCGCUCCCCCCCACCCCCACCCACGCCGCGCAGUUAAGUGCCCCCCUCCUCAUUUGAAUUCAGUUACGGAAAGCAAGAGGAUGGCAAGCAUGUAGUGGAACAGCUGACCGUGAUCACCGGGAGCAGCACAACACGAGGACGCAUUGUGAGGUUUUACAAUGUGUGAAUAGCUGUGUUGUGAUAGAAGGAUCCAGAUGAUUCAGUGAAAUCUGAAACAACACGAAGGUUUCUGGCUGUCAAGUUAUGCACAGUGGCUGCGCGCCGGAUCCAGCAGACAGGAUGAACUGAGACAUUACGCGCAAGAGGUAGCCGCGGGCAAGCGUCAGUUUUUGACCUUUGUGGGAAAUAAUAAUAAUCAUUCUGGGACAAACAACUCGCUGAGCAUAUAUCAAUGAAGAAUGUGACUGCGUAUGACUGUCUCCAAACGGGGUUGAUGAAGCCCUCGGCGGUGUCAUGCGUCUUGCUCCGCAGCCAAGUGCGCAACCCUUGCGGCUGAUAGUUCUGCUCAUCCUCACCACGGGGGUGACCACAUCCCCGGUGCUCUCCUCGGGCUGCCCGGACAGGUGCGUGUGUGAUGACCAGCUGGUGGUUCAAUGCGCUGGGCAGCACCUGACCACCUUCCCGGUCAACUUGCCACUGGCCACGCGGCAGCUCAUCAUCUCCAACAACCGUAUCGUGGAGCUGCCGCCGCUCGCGCUCAACUACCUUUCAGAUCUGGUGUAUCUGGAUUGCAGCAACAAUUCACUGACGGAGAUAUCCGAGUCCACGUUUGGGAAUCUAAGGAAGCUGGCCUACCUGGACCUCUCCUUCAACACCUUGGCCCGGAUCGAGGACCGGACGUUUGGCCCCUUGGCGAGCUUGGUGAUGCUGAGGAUGACAGACAACCCGAGGCUCUCGGAGAUUCACCCGGACGCCUUUGCAGAAAACGCGGCCCUUCAAGUGUUGGAUGUGAGCCGCAACAACUUGACAGUCCUCAAUAUCACCUCCCUGAUUGCGCUUCCCACCCUGCGCUCCGUCGGGCUCAGCGGGAACCCCUGGAGCUGCGAGUGCGACAACGAGGACCUCUGCCUAUGGGUGCACCUGGAGGGCUUCAAAUUUCAAGAUGAGGGUCAGACGGUGUGUGGCUCACCAGCUGACAUGCAGGGCCGUCGUCUCGGUGAGGUGGGGAUCCAGCUACGGACGUUAUGCCACCAGACUUUGGGCUCCUGGGACUACCUUUUCUUUAUCAUCAUCGGCUUUGUUAUCUUUGCUGCCGGCACCGUGUCAGCCUGGGUCAUGGGUGUCAUCAUGGUGCUCUACGAGCGUUAUAUCAAGAAGAAAGACGAGCAGCAGGAGCCUGAGGAUGAGGAGGAGAACACAGAGACAGGACGUCCCUCGCGGGCCAGGAGUAACCAUGGCAACGGGAAUUUAAAAAACUCACAUACUGUUUAAAAUAUUACCCCCCACCUUGCCCUCCAUGGAUUCCCACAGUGCCUCCUGUCCACUUCCAGGACUGUCUGUGAAGUCUAAUGUAACUCCAGUGAAAUGGAGUCUGUUUAACAGGCUCAGCUCUGAAAGACUAACAGAGCGGAUUCAUCAGAGAAGAGGAAUGUCAUUCUCUAUUAGCGGGCUUUAAGAUGAUGUGACACACUCUGGCUACCAUAGUGAAGGUCCUGUGCCCUUGACCCUUGACCCCUGUAUUACUUUGCUUUCUGGUUUAUUUAUUUGUAAUAUUUGACUGGGAAGUGGUCAUCCAGGGUGAAAAAAAAGGCUGCAUCAACCAGCUGAUUAUCUGACCAUAAGAGACAGUUUUGGCUGGUAAUCAAUAAUAAUAGAUAGGCCUAUUCCAAGGACAUGUAUCAUUUAUCAAGGACACAUUUAAAGGAAUAGUUUCAACAUUUUUUUUGUCAAAAAAGAAUAUUGAUGCCACUGUCAUAUUAGCUUAGCAUAGCAUAAAGAAGGGGUUUAUGGAAGUUAUGUGUUGAAUUACAUUGCCUCAGAGCAGGGAUGUCCUGGAGUCUUUAUUGAUUAUCUGGCAACCUCACGGUGACAAAAGACUCCCGAAAGUCACGAGUCUAUGUCAAGAAACAGCCCAGCAGCUUGUUUUUACCCCUCAGUUUUACAGAUUAAACAAACAAGAUAAUUUGUCAAUUAGCGAGUUUUAGAUGUGUAAAUUUGGUUACCUUUGGACAGAGCCAGGAUAGCUGUUUUCACUCUGUUUUCAGUCCUUAUGCUAAGCUAAGCUAAGCAUCUCCUCACUCCUGCUUCACAUUGAAUGGAAAAAUAUGAGAGUGGUCAAACUUCCUGCAAGUAAAUUACCCAAAAUGCUGAACUAUUCCUUUAACCAGCAUCAAACUACUUCUGUGCAAGCGACAGCAUAUAAAGGAGCAGAAGUGCUAAUCAAAGUCCAGCUGGGAACAUCAGCCAGCUUUACCCAAUGGUGUAGGAUGUUUCUUUUCAGAAGACAUUGUACAACCAAAAAAAAUCAGAUUGACAUAAUUUGCUUUAUGGCGUAUAUAAUUUCAGGAUUAUUACUAACUCUGUAAGAGAUCCACUAUUAGAAACUUUUUUUAAAGCCAAAUUCUGAUUCAAAGUUGCUAGUGCUGUAUAAAAUGUGGCUGCUUUCAUGAUGAUAUGAACGGGAUCUACACAUGCUACUAAUUGGAUUUGACAAUCACAUUGGAGACCCUGCUUAGCAUUGUUUGCACACAUACAAUUCUCUAAUGGACCUCCAUGUUGGCAACAAGCACUGUAGGAGAAUUAUGACAAAGUUUCACAGCCUCUACAUGAAAGUGAAAGUCUAUUCAUCAUCAGUAUGAAAGUAAAGGAUAAAAUGCAUUCAAACAAAGCGUCGGUGUAAAUUGGUGUGUAUGAUGUGAGUUUUUCUAUCUGUGCACCGAUGUGUUUUUGCUAGUUUACGUGCCCUCAUCUACCAGCCCAGAAACAAACUGCUGUCAAGAUAUUUGUGUUGAAGAUCCACAGUAUUUGUGAGGUGGUGAGCCAACAUGUGCCAACUGCUGAGGUCUGUUUUGGCAGUGGGCCCUGCUGGAUGGCAAGUAAACAGGCAAAUGUGAUAAUUGAUUUCUACUCUAUCCCAUAUUUGUCGGGUAACUGGUUUGAGUGCAGUGUCCUCUCUGUUUCUGCAUGCACUGUUGAUGCAUCAAGAAGCCUUAUGAGGUGUGUAUAUGUUUUGAGGGAAAACUGAUAAAUAAAGAAGGAAACAGAAUUUACUGCAACAUACGAAGGAUCAUACAUGUAAUAAUUUGAGACUCAAAAAAAUUCUAUGCUCUAUUUCUUAGUAAGUGAAUGGCACAUUGUAUUUGACUCUUUGAUUCGAGUGAAUUUACGAGGAAUUCACUUCAACCCUGGUGGGUAUGUUCAAUGGAUAUACAGUUGUAACCAUUUAACAGCAAUAAGACAGUUAAUACUAUCAGGAAAAAAACAGGGAAGAGAAUCAUUUCAGCUGGAAAUGUUAAAUAUCAACUUCUGUUUUAUUUGAUGUUUGAAAUUCCUUAUUGUGCAACGUCCAAGAUCACAAAUUCACCACCUCCAUAUUUUUGCUUCUGGUUAGAAAGCUGCACUGCUCCACUGACCCUGACACUGACUGUUACAAACUUAGGAAGGAGCAGCAAGGAACAAAGUCCUUGUUGGAUGAGGAAAAUCAAUAGGCUAAAACUGGCUGCUCUACUAUGCUGUUAUUCGUGUGUAUCUGUUAAAUCAGUUGAAUUAUUUACUUGAUUUAAGAACAAAAUGUAACUUUUAAAGAACCUGAGAAGGAGAACAUCCUGUUAAAAUGAUUGGAAAAUGUGGUAAAAUGAUCUGAAACACACACUCACAUGUGCUUGUUGUUGAAGUUUGUCCAAACUGAAGUUAUUGGGGUAUAUAAUGAAGCAAAAGUAUAAUAAUAGUAUAGUAUACAGCAUAAAUAUGAAGUUCAUAGAUGGUGGAGUAGUAGUGUGUUCUCCUUAUUUGCUUGACCAUUAUAGACCUUUUUCAAGGCAAACAUGAUGGCAGGAGAUACACAGGGAUAGUUCACAUACAUGGUGUCUUUAUACUAUUUUGGUACUCUAGUUUCAGCACCGUUAUAUCAUGCAUAGUGGCUCAGUCACAUGGCUUACCCAGACACUUAAUGGAAUGGAGUCAUCAUUAAUGCUGUUAAUUACACCUGCACUUUUCCAGCUAUGACUUGAAAUGUCUAUUGUUAAGUUUUUACUGUUGCUUUUAGUGUAAAGGGAAGUAAUUAUUUGGUACAAGUAUAAUAUUUUCUCCAUUACACCACUAAUAGAAGACACUCAGGAAUGCAUACUGUGUGCGAAUGUGUGCGUGUGCAUUUGCUUGCUCUCUCUCUUCAUAUAAAUGAGUGACUUGACUCAUAGCAGUAUGCAUAACUAUGCAUGUACCAGCCUAAACGUACUCACUGGCAUGGCAUACGUAACUGGAUGCCAAAAGAGUCCAUCCAAGAUAGUGACCCAUGUACUGUACCUGUAAGUUGCCUACUAAAGCAGUAUGCUGAGAUUCCUACGAACUUUUCAACCACUGGUUGCUCUCAUGGCUUUGGGUGUAAUAUUUGCAUGGGGCCUUUCAGUAUAUACAAAAUGCAUUGCAUAAUACGCAUGUCUUUUGAGAUCUAUGUACUACACUCUCAUCUAUAUAUAUAUAUAUAUGAUUCAUGCAUAUACCAGAUAGUCUCGACAGUGAGGGCGUAUUACAUUCUGCUAAGCACACAGAUACGACCAUGUGAUGCCAUAGGCUAGCGUGAGGGUGUGGCCUGGAAAUAGGAUAGCCGGGUGCCCUAAUUCAUGUCAGCACAGUGACACAGAUGGAAUGACAAGGAAUACCUACGUCUCCCUUUCUUAAUAAGCACACUGAUGUUCUCAUACAAGGCGAACAACUGGCUGUGAACACUCUGUCAGCAUUAACAGUUUUUGCUCUACAUGGGCACCUGGAAGUACAGCGAAGCUGCUCAAUAUGCUGAAUUUCAGUACUAAAAGACUGAGCUGAACUUCAACAUUGUGCACAUUUUACGCCCCCCAUGCACACUGUACUCAUACCAUUUUUAGGCAAUGCACUGUAUGAGCACACAGGCAAAUGUGUCAGUUCUGCCUCCAUAACAGACUCCAACACAAAUCACCUCUGGGUAUAAAACACUGUAAAUUUUUAGAAGCACAUGACAUCGCUGACACUAAUAAGAACCAUCAAUAAAUGUUAUAAAUAUGAAAUUUAAAGGAAUAGUUCAACAUUUUGGAGAAAGAAAACACUUGAAAUGUUAUUUUAAAACUUGAGAAUGGAUAUUUGUUUGCAUUUCUGUUUACCAUAAUUCACCAGCCAGACAGAAGUAGUGGUCAGGAUAGAGCUUCAGGACAGAGAUGCACUCAGCUGGCUACGGUCACAUCAGUAGCACAGCUGUGACCGUGAGGCAGUGCACUGAAAGCUAUCAGAGGCAGAAGCUCCUGUGGUCCUGUUUCCUGCCUGUGGUUGUAACUCAUGUUUUUGGACUUUUAUGUGCAUCUACUGAGCUGAGGGCAAACUGGGCACUGUGAAACGCCCACAGAUGGUAGAUAUGACAUCAAGUAAGAGUGGCUCUAAUCGACCGUAAUAGCCCUCUGACACAUCUACAUACAAACAGACUCUCUCUCACACACACACACACAAACACAUACACACAAAGCAGUAAGAAAAUCCUUUAGUUGCGGAGCAUUGGAGUGACUUCCACUAAAUUUAGAAAUUAGGGAAAUACUUCCAGUGCUUGGAGUCGUGCUUGGAAAUUGGGUUCCUCUGUUUCAGUCAUUUCAAGAAAAUGUCUUCAUUAAUCACUGCCACGUAUGGAUGACAGCCCCAAAUUACCACCAGCCGAAUCCAAGCACCCAUACUGCUGUGCUAAGCUGGAUCUUAACGUACUCUGGAGCUGCAACAUAAAGGAACUGCUGCAACUUAUAUUAAGUUAAAAAUAUUUCUUAUGCAAUAUUUUUUUCAAUUGUAAACAGUCAAAAAGCGUAUUAAUGAGUGCUCCUAUUUUGCACUUUCUUUUGCUUUAAUGAUUCGUCACUCAGCUUGAUAUUUUGACCACACUGAGGCCCAAGAAGCACAACGCCUGACUCUCGAUACAAGCCAAAAAUGACUUUCCAUAGUUUUCUCUAGUUUUGUUUCCCCAACUUUCUCUAUAACUAUCACAGAACAUCAUAAAUCACAAUUUGUCAGUUGGGAUUUAUUUCAAAUUAAUGAAAUUAAUGUGUUUGAUUUUAUGUUGCAUACUGUAUGUUUUCUAUUGGACUUGAUAUUGACAAGCUCUGCUAAGCCCCUCUCGAGGAAAGUGAGCCCCUGCCUCCGCUUGGCAAAGAGGAGGAUGGUCCUACUGCUGUUACAUAUCUGCACACAGGCUCAGGGGCCUGCCAACUCUGUAUCCUUCCCCAGCAAUAAAAGGUCAUUUGAGAGGAGAUGGUGUGUCCUUUUGUGUGUCAUAGUUCUGCCUGGAGAGUUGUUUUUUUGCUUUGUCUUGUUGUUCGACCUCUCUUCCUGUUCUUUGAAUGUAUUUUUUCUGCUAUUUUGCUCUCUGGGUAUUUAGGUUAGCCUGUGUUUAAUGAGCAUCAACGUCAAAACCUGUGUUCGACCUUUUGGUCUUCACUGGGGCCAUGUUAGCUCACAGACAUACCUGCAAACACAUACACACAAGGACUGGCAAACAUAUGCAUACAAAGUAAUAGCGAUACAGAUGUGUCGUAUUGUACAUCAGUAUGUGCUCAGUGCCCAGACCGAUUCACAGUUAUGUUAAUCCAACUGAGCUGUCUGCACAAGUGAGAUAACGAAACGCUUUGUUACACUAAGCUGCAACUCAAAAGCAGCACAAUGCUAUUUCAAACUGAGACAGGGAAUCUGCAAAUUGGUCGGUGGUAUUUUUGCACUAACAAUCACAGAGCAUGAAACGGUCUUUUAAUUUCCUUUGACUCAUUUUAUUCCUCUUAUCUCCAGCAUGUCUCUCUUUAUCCCUCCCUUGCUUUGUUUAUCUUUUCUAGGGAUAUUUUUGGGCAUAAGUCCUAUUCUUGUACCUGUUUCCCUAUAGGCAUCUCUGUUUCUGCCUUUUUGCUAUUCGCCUUACUUUCUACUCUCCUCUUAAAGGAAUACUUCAACAUUUUGGGAAAUAGGAUUAUGUACUUCCCUGUCGACAGUUAGAUGUUAAGAUUGAUACCAC